AUGUCCAAGCGAAAAGCCGGCGGCGGCCGCCUCCCCAACGUAGUGCCGGACGCCAUGGAGGAUCCAUUGCCACACAUCCCCGACGAUAUCAUCGAGGAUAUCUUCGCGCGGUUGCCGUCCAGGUCCGUGCACAGGUGCCGCUGCCUCUCUCGCGUCUGGGCCGUGGCGCUGGCCACCGACGACUUCGCCGAGCUCCACUACCGCCUCGCCAACCGCCACGGAGGCCCGAGGAUCCUGUUCGUCCAGAACUCGCGCUCACCGGCCGGACAUCCCAAGGUUCAGGCGUGGUCGCCCGCCAACCCCGGCGGCACGACGCUCACGGAGAUCCCCCUCAACCCCGCCCCGUGUGUUGUCACGCACAAGUGCCGCGGCCUCGUCAUCCUCCAAGCCGCAGGGGCACACCACGUGCUCAACCCAUCCACCGGCCGAGUGGCGGCGCUCCCGGACAGUAGGGUGGUCGGCUGCCGCGUAGGGCUCGGCUACGACGUGCGGACGAGGAAGCACAAAGCUGUGCGCAUCGGCUACCUCCGGGAAUAUUUAGGAUACGAGGUCUAUGAAAUCAACUCCGGGCCGACGGUCUGGAGACCGGCGAAGGGUUGUGCUGGGGAGAAACCUGAUAUUUGGAUGAUCGAGAUCGACAUCAGCGUCUUUGCGCAGGGCCGCGUGCAUUGGCUGGCCAUGCGAUCCAAUGAGACGUUCAUCUUCUCCUUCUCCCUCGACGACGAGACGGUUGGGAUCGUGCCAUCCCCACCACUGGACAUGUAUAGAAACUUCAAUUAUCAAAAUAAAUACAGUUUGACGGAGCACGGCGGACGCCUUUGCCUCUUCCACACUGAAAUUACCGACAACAUAAUGGUUCAUACCGCAUGGCCGCGUCGACACGAUGUCUGGCUGCUCCGCGACCAUGAUACGGGCGUGUGGGACCUGCGCUGUCGAAUAGAUCUGCACAUGGUGCCAGGUAAUGUUGUUGCAUCCAUGCAUUAUGCAGACUGGGUCCUCCCGUUCGCCAUUGCCGACGGUGGUUGUCGCAUCAUCUUCAUACAACCACGCUUCAUGUCGUUUGGAGGACCAAGCUUCCAGUUGCGUGUAUACAACCCUGUGACCGGUGACAGCCUUCUCUCAAAUAGUAGCAAGGUGUUAAAACAUGCCGGACUCUACGAGGAAAGCCUUGUAUCCCCCGGUAACUGUUGA